UGGUGCCGGGAAUGAAUUGUAUUGAAACUCGAGGGAUAUUACAGAGACAAAAAGAGAGAGGCCCACCUGCAUCGCAGUGCUCCUGACGGCCGCCAAGGCUGGGAGAGCAAAUGCAACAGCCAAUGGCACCGUCAACAGUGGAGACGAGCGUGCACCGCCUCGCCGAUGCCCAGCCAUUGCAGCAGAAAAGCCAAGAAGCCAAGCGCCAAACGAGAAUACCAAGCAGCGACAAGGUGAGGUGUCUCGUCGCGUCAUCUUGGCCCUCCCACCUCCUGGAACCAUGCCUUUUCCACCUGGCCUCGCUCUUUUCCAUCUACCACCGCCUCCAUCGCCGUUAUCACCGUCACCACCACCCCUCCGUCAUCAUCACCUGUAAGGUAUAUGUUGAUGAACUAGGUAAACACCAGGUGCUGGUCAUCACCACCACCGCCACCCACACUCGUUACUCCCACCAAACCCACGCUCGUUUGCCUAUUCCAGCUUUCGGCCUGAGCGCGAGCUUAUUCCGGAUUCGACCACCCCCAACGACAACGACAUAUACCCCCAGGUCACCCAGACUUUCGAGUUGGAUAUCGCAGAAGAUACAGAAGAUUGGGCAAUUGCAACAACCACAGCCGCGAAAAUGGCGACAAUGCCAGCGCUAAAAUGCCCGUCGCGAUGGUUGACGGCGCUGCUGGCCACCACAAGCUGCUUGCUUCCCGGCGCACGAGCUACCGUCUAUAAACUGGGCACAAAAGCCGAAAUCAAGGAGUCCGCCGCCACGCUCGCCUACGACCUCAUGCUCUAUUACAAGGGCAACCAGUCAGGUGAAAUUCCCGGCAUUCUCCCCGGCCCCCCCACAGAACACAAGGGCGACUACUACUGGUGGGAAGGAGGAGCUAUGAUGGGCACUUACGUCGAUUAUUGGUUUCUGACAGGCGAUGAGUCCUACAACAAGGUAGUCACCGAAGGCAUGAUUCACCAGGUCGGUCCCGACGAGGAUUACAUGCCGCCCAACCACACGGCCUCGCUGGGCAACGACGACCAGGGUUUCUGGGGCAUGAGUGCUAUGUUGGCGGCCGAGAAUAAAUUCCCCAACCCGCCAGAGGACCAGCCCCAGUGGCUCGCCCUGGCCCAGGCUGUUUUCCACACCCAAGCCGCCCCCGAAAGACACGACAACACCUGCAACGGAGGUCUGAGAUGGCAGGUUCCGCCCACGAACGCAGGUUACAACUACAAGAACACCAUUGCCAACGGCUGCUUCUUUGACUUGGGCGCCCGCCUGGCAGCCUACACCUUCAACCAGUCAUAUGCCGACUGGGCCGACAAGACGUUCCAGUGGCUGUGGGAUGUAGGGUAUAUUGACCACAAGGACUGGCGUGUGUAUGACGGUGGCCACGUCGAGCACAACUGCACCGACAUCAACAAAGCCCAGUUCAGCUACAACGCUGCCCUCUUGCUGCACGGGAGCGCCUUCAUGUAUAACUACACCAACGGCAGUGAGAUUUGGAAGACGAGAGUCGACAAGCUGUGGGAGGGCAUGCAUCGCGAUUUCUUCGAGGACGACAUCGCCUACGAAAUUCCCUGCGAGGGCCGCAAGGGCGCCUGCACGGCAGACAUGUUGUCGUUUAAGGGCUACGUCCACCGCUGGCUGUCCGUGGUCACCAAGGUCGCCCCGCAUACCCGGGACAAGAUCCUCCCGGUCUUGAGGACGUCUACCGAAGCUGCUGUCAAGCAGUGCACAGGAGGUGACACAGGUCGGAGGUGUGGCUUCUACUGGAGGGAGGGUGUCUAUGUUGAUCCUGCCGUCGACAAGACGAGCGGCGCUGGCGAGCAGAUGAAUGUGUUGGCUGCCGUGUCCAGCUUGCUGAUCGAUGACGCACCUCCUCCGGCCAACAACAUCACAGGUCUGAGCAAGCCCAACUACAACGCUGGUUCCAGGUCCAGAGGUCUGAGUGAGCCGCUCGCCCCCAUCACCAACGGCGACAGGGCGGGCGCGGCCAUCUUGACCAUCCUCAUUCUCGGAAGUGCCAUUGGUUCCUGGGCCUGGAUGAGCUUUGGGGAUUAA